GGAGGGAGGGAGAGAGAGAGAGAGAGGGAGAGAGAGGGAGAGAGAGAGAGAGAGAGAGAGAGAGAGAGAGAGAGAGAGAGAGAGAGAGAGAGAGAGAGAGGGAAGUAGGGAGAGAGAAAGAGAGGGAGAGAGAAAGAAAGCGAGAGGGAUAGAGAGUGAUAGAGAGAGGGAGAGAAAGAGAGAGAGAGAGAGAGAGAGAGAGAGAGAGAGAGAGAGAGAGAGAGAGAGAGAGAGAGAGAGAUGAGGAGAGAGUGGGUUUGGCAAUACAAGCCACCGCCAUAAGGAGGGAGCCAGAAGCACAGCGUGUGUGUGUGUGUGGCUGUGAGCGUGUGUAUGCUUGUGCUUGUCUGCCUUAACACCCUGCGCAUGUAGAAGGGAUGGAGACACGGCUGGCGGAAGGAGCUUCUGGGACGACGCGCAGCGCGGAGGAAGCCAGGGUGGGAGACUGAGCCAGCAGCACAAGGUGUGACGGAGAGCCAGGCACAGCCAGAGGAGAGAGAGAGAGAGAGAGAGAGAGAGAGAGAGAGAGAGAGGGACGUGACGUACCAACCCCAGCAUCCAUCUUACCUAGCCAUCCCACCUCUGUCGACUCCUGCCCCCCCGUCCCUUCUCCUCCACCCGGGAUACAAAGGCUCUCCGCCGUCCGUCCGUCCGUCCUUCCGUCCGUUCCCUUCUGUCCUGGCCCCAGCGGUGCUGUGGUCGUCGGUGUCACGCCUGGUACGCUCCGCGCGGGGCUGAGAGCGUCGGACGGGGAGGUGAUUUAACCGGCGGAAUAACAAGAGGAGUGCGCAGGUCGCUGGACCAUCGGCGUCUCAGAGGCCACGGGAGCGAGCGUCACUGCAGGAUCAGCACCCAGGGAGGCAUCCUCCUGGACGGGCGAUAAGAGCCCCUCGCUCCAGUGGGAGGGUCUCAGGGUCAAGCAGCCCUCCACUCCCAUCCCUCCUUAAGGAGGCUGGCUGGCUGACAAGCAGGAGGGGGAGGCGCUCCGCCGUAGCUCCUCUGGAACGUUCCAGAAUAACCCUCCCUCCCACAAAUAAAACAUCUUAUCAGCGGUCAAGUCAGCACCAGGGUCAUUGUGGGUCAUAGGACCACAGCGGGAGCGGUUGCCCUUUUCUGUGACAAACGUACACACACACACACGUACACACACCACACCGUUGGCUGAAACUAGGAAGGAAGUGCUGGUUCUUCUCCCUGUUUCUCUAGACCGCAGGACGUGUGAGCCAACGCGCGUCGAACUCAGACCUUCUACAACUUCUAUUUAUUCCGUUCGGUUUGCCAAACUGGGAAAAGUCCACCCAGGACUCCAGUCCCCUAUAUAUGUAUAUGUGAAGAUCUAUAUUAUCAUAAGAUAAAUGUUAGAUUAAGAUAAUCUGGUGUGAUCACUGAGUGAGGAGUAUAUCUUUGUUUGUGAGCGGAAAUAUCUUCAUAUCGUGUCUUUGUGUAUUAGAUAUACAUAUCUGCUAUUAAUCUAUGUUUGAGCACAUUACACAACGCACAAAGGAUUCUGUGUGCACCAAACAAACGAAUAAGCUAAGCUCAUAAGCUAAGUGCUCAACACGGCCGCAGCGACCGGAGCUGGACUCGCGGCGCGGUGGUGCUAGCGCCGCAGAACCAGGGGUGCUGAAACCACUGAGGUACUCUGGUCUUGGUCCUCACUCCUGACCCCCCCUCUCACCAAGACCACCCCCCUCCCCCUCCAGGUCUUUACCAUCAAGACCGCCGCUCAAAGUCAAUAACAACAACCACAACAACAACAACAACAACAACAACAACGAGAUAAAGCCACCCCAACAGACAGAACCAUGGAUAGAAGCAUACGUCCCCACGUUCCUUCCAAUGGCUGACCACCAGACCCCCAGUCCACCUCCCAGCCAGUAGGGCGCAGUCCUCCCACCCCCCGUAUCGACUCCAGCCACCGACCCCCUCCAGCCGGUCCUCCUCCACCUAUCUUCCAGUCCUUCAAGACCUCCGACCACCGCCCCUCCCCCCCCCCCCUCCACCCCCGUCCCCCGCCCAGGGGGGAAGGUGCAUGUCGUGCCUGCGUCGGCAGGCCAUCAGCCUCCCCAUGGACACCGUCAAGAUCCUCCCGUCGGAGAAGUUCCCCCGGGAGUGCCCGCCGGGGACCCCCGUCACCCGGCCGCGCUUCACCCCGCCCCCCCGGGUCGCGUGGGACGGCGGGGGCGGCUGCGGGGAGGGGCAGAUCAUCGUGAACCAGGCCUGCGGCGACCUGGCGGCCCGGGAGCUGCCGCCGGCGCUGCCCGUGCUCCGCAGGGAGGCGGGCUUCCUGGCGGCACAGCGCAAGGCCAGCGCCGGCGAGAUCUGCUACCACCAGUUCCACUACAAGAUGGACGACGUCAUCGUGAACCAGUACGUGCUGCGCUCCUCCUCCACCUCGUCCUCGGCCUCCUCGGCCUCCUCCGCCUCCUCCUCCUCGUCCGCCUCGUCCGCCUCCUCCGCCUCGGGGCCCGUCAUGCCCUGCGAGCCGCUGGACUGCCCCACCUGCGGCCACGCCUACAACUUUGCGGGCAAGCGGCCGCGCAUCCUGUCCUGCCUGCACUCGGUGUGCGAGGAGUGCCUGCAGAUCCUCUACGAGUCCUGUCCCAAGUACAAGUUCAUCUCCUGCCCCACGUGCCGCCGCGAGACCGUGCUGUUCACCGACUACGGGCUGGCCGCCCUGGCCAUCAACACCAGCAUCCUGAGCCGGCUGCCGCCCGACCCCAACGGCCCGGUGCAGUGGGGCGGCGAGGCGGACCGCAGCUGCUACCAGACGGUGCGGCAGUACUGCCAGUCCGCCUGCACCUGCCACGUGGCCAACCCGCUGUCCACCUGCGGCAUCAUGUGAGGCUUUGGAGGGCUUUGGGAGGGGGAGGCCGGCUUCUUCACGAUUCCCCCACCUGCUCAAAAAAAAAAGGGUCCAUCCCGGGCUCGUUUGCUCCGCCCCCCUCCCCCACGUCGUGUCAGCGUCCUCAACAUGCGUGAACCCCCGCCGUGCCCCCCCAUCCCCCCACCCCUCCCCCAAUCCACUGAUGUAUCUAUUAUAUAUAUUGAAUAGCACACAGGAGGGGUUUAUGUUGGAGGGACACGUGAUGGAGGGGAGCUCGGAGGGUCACAUGAUGGAUGGACACAUGAUGGAUGGACAGAUGAUGGACACAUGAUGGACACAUGAUGGACACAUGAUGGAUGGACACAUGAUGGA